UGAUAAAAAAACAGGUGGAAGAAACCAUUUACUUUGAGGGGAACUUACAUGUGCUGCCAUUGACAUGCUUGAUUUUAGUAGUGUGGUCUGGGCUGCUGUGCAACACUUGGGUCAUGCCUUGUUCCGUGGAUUGAGCAGUCUGUUUGCUCUGUCAAAGUUAGAUGUAGCAGCCAUUAAAGGGAAGUAGUAUUUCAAUGCUCACCCGUGGGAGUCUGACUUGAGAAUAUUGAACCUGAGUGAAUCAAGAGGUAGGGCUGCGUUACAAUGGGCCGAGAUUCGAGAACAGCAAAGUUGAAGACAUCAUUAGCCUGUGUUUUCCCAGUGCCAUGGUACCCUUGAGUCACUUUCAUCCACUCCUAACUUCAGUUUGGAACUAUCUCUAGAUAGUUCCUAUUUUUAUGUAUGGUUUUUCAAUUUCCUCUCAAUUAUUGGGGGUUUUAGAGGAGGUUAAACCUCAAGUUAAAAAGCUCAACAAGGCUUGAGUUGUGGGCUCUUUCACCUUGUCUCAGCGUCAAUGUUGGUUAAACAAUGUACCAACGGAGUUGGCUAUUUACAUAUACUUUGUACAUUGGUUUUGUUAAGAUUCUUACGUUGUCAGUACUUGGUUGUUAAUAUCUUCUUUCUUUAUUCCGUUAGGAGGGCAAAAACCAACAUGGGCUUAGACCUUGCCAUACUCCCAGACGGGGGUUUACCAAAUAAAAGAGGGUAUAGUGAAAAUGGAAUAAAUUGUUUGAAGCUGAUCUAGUUGACAAAGUAACAGGGGAUAAACCCUGUGCAGGGAUUUUGGAAGUGAAUCAAUAUCUAGAACCAAAUCUCAACAAAAGCGGCGUCGUAGGGUGGUAGAUUCCAUUUCUCGUUGACUCUUCUGUUUCAGCAUUUGCUCACAAACUCACCGGUAUACAACCUCUGAGGCAGAAGAAGUGGGAAACACAGUAGUCAAAAAUAUCGUUCUGAAAGUUAUAAGUAUUCUUCCAGUUGUUAGUUGGGCGGUGCUCAGCUAGACUACAGUUAUACAGACAGUUGAAGUAUUUAAUUCGGUUGCAUAAAGAUGGAAGUGAACAAAGGGAAGUAUGCUGCUGAUCUCUCCUCCAUCAGAGAAGCACAAGCACGCAUCAAUUCAUUCAUACACAAAACUCCAGUCAUGACCUCGGAGUCUCUAGAUGCUAUUUCUGGAAGGAGGUUAUUCUUUAAGUGUGAAUGUUUCCAAAAGGGGGGAGCAUUCAAAUUCAGAGGUGCUUGCAAUGCUGUAUUUUCACUUGAUGACCAUCAGGCAGCUAAAGGGGUUGUAACACAUAGCAGUGGUAACCAUGCUGCAGCAUUGGCAUUGGCUGCAAAGUUACGCGGGAUCCCUGCACAUAUAGUUAUACCAAAAAAUGCUCCACAAUGCAAAGUUCAGAAUGUUGUGCGUUAUGGUGGUCAGGUUAUAUGGAGUGACGCAACAGUGCCUUCAAGGGAGAAAACUGCAACCAAAGUGUUGCAAGAAACUGGGGCUGUACUCAUACAUCCGUAUAAUGAUGGGCGAAUUAUAAGUGGGCAGGGUACCAUAUCCCUUGAGCUUUUGGAGCAAGCCCCUGAGAUAGACACUAUAAUAGUUCCCAUAAGUGGAGGCGGCUUGAUAUCAGGGGUGGCAUUGGCUGCCAAGUCCAUCAAUCCUGCCAUUCGAGUUUUGGCUGCUGAACCAAAGGGAGCUAAUGAUGCAGCUCAAUCAAAAGCAGCUGGUAGAAUUGUAACCUUACCUGAAACAAAUACGGUAGCUGAUGGGCUGAGAGCUUUCCUUGGUGAACUCACCUGGCCCAUUGUACGAGAUUUUGUUGACGACAUUAUAACUGUGGAUGAUACGGAGAUAAUAGAAGCAAUGAGACUCUGCUAUGAGAUUCUUAAAGUUGCAGUUGAACCGAGUGGAGCCAUAGGCCUUGCUGCUGUCUUAUCCGAUAGUUUCAGGAACAACCCUGCCUGGAAGGAUUGCAACCAAAUAGGAAUUAUACUUUCUGGAGGUAUUGCGAAUCAUAGGACUUGAGACUCUCUCUGUGCUUUUAAAGCAUGGAAAAAAACAUGGGGAAUUGCUAGUUUAAGAUAUGUAUUACCCAGAGCCUCAACCCUCAAGGGCCAUAAUCAUAUUUUCUACCUGCAAUCGAUCAGUUUAUGAACACUAGACCCAGCAAAAGCUAGGAAAGAGCCUAUGCCGUAAAGAUUUGAGACUUAUGUUCAAACUAUGGUCCAAGUGAAGUUCGAAUGUGAAUAUUGGCAAUAUUAUAACCUAUGCUUGAAA